UCUUUUUAUUGGUGGAUUCCGCUAAAGCUGUACUGGUAUGCUACCGCUGGACUGAAGAAGACAUCAAAGCGAUGGUUCCAAGUCGUACAACAGAGACUGAAAGAAAACAAUGCGAAGAUGUCUUAGGAUAUACGUAUUCACCAGAUUAUUCUAAAUGUGGGGGAUGCUCAUGUUGUCAACCACAAGUUUUAGUAUGCCACAAGUGGACUGAAGAAGACGACAAGGCAAUGGGAUCAAAUCGCGCACCAGAGGAUGAAAAGAAAUAUUGUGAAAGUGUCUUAGGCUAUACGUGGACACAAGGGGAUAAUGCAAAAUAUCCAGAAUGUGGGGAAUGCUGGUGUUGUAAACCAAAAAGUUAAUGUGCUAAUAUGGUUACUUCACUCAAAAGGCAAACACUUUCCUGGACUAAACAGCUGAUUGAUUUCAUUAAAUUGUAAAUCAUAGCUUUUGAAUGAAUAAUAAAAAAUUA